AUGGGUCAGACGGAGCAGCAGCGGAGAGCAAGUCCGCGUCGCUCGCCGGACCUGCCCGCGCUGCCGCCACCCAUACAGCCCUACAGCGGCUUCCUCGGGAACGGCAAGACUGUGAUAAGGCCGAUAGCGUUCAAACCACUGGGCGGACGGCUUUCUGCGGGCGGGGAGCGGUAUGGCUCGACCCCGGUGCUCGCGAGUAGACCGCCAUCUCUUAUGACUUUAUAUGGAAGUUCCUCCGAUGUUCGAGAGUCGCGUUGGUGUGGAUCCCCACAACCGGCGUCUUUAUCCGCUCUGCCACCCGCCACGCUCUCCACCCCGCUUCACCAGAGACAUCACUCAGCUAUCGUGACAAAGUCGAGUUUGAGCGCAGAGAGCAAGGAACCGGUGCCGGCACCGUCGCCUGCUGACUCUGGAGUUUCUGAACUCGAGCGGGAUCAGCAUGAAUACAGUACGACGGAGCGGCUGCGCGCGCACGAGGUGCGGCUGCGGGCGCCGCGCGCGCUCAUGCUGGCGGCGUGCGGGCGCGCGCGCGACGAGCGCGACGCCGAGCUGGCGCGCGUGCGCCGCGACCGCGCGCUGCUGCGCCAGCGCCUCGAGGACACCGAGUGGAGCCUGUGCCAGCGCGCCGGCGAGAUCGCGCUGCUCAAGACGCAGCUCAAGGAGGCUCAGAAUGAGCAGACUGCGAAAGGCCACGAAUACCUAACCCUGAAAGCCGACUGCCGCCAACUAAGAGAAGCGCUCGACAAAAAAGAGAAGGACAUAAUGAGGCUGCGAUCCGAACUGGAGGAGAAAGAGAAAUCAAUGAGCAGACUACAAACAGAAGUCGACAGACUGACAAACGACCUAAUGGAGAGCGUAGCAGAUCUGAACAAAGUAAAGGAGAGCAGCAAGAACGAAAUUGAAAGACUAAAAACCGAACUAAAAGAACUGCGGCAAGAGCUAUCUGAUGUUUCGCUGAGCGGAUACGAAGGGAUAGAGUGUGGGAGGACAAUGAGAGGAAUUUACGACGUCUGCAAAACGAACGAAUACCACUGGAAUUCCAGCGAUAGCGCUCUGGAAGACGCAGAAGUGCAGAGAUUGAACGGGGAACUUCCCGACACAUGCAGUGAUCCCUGCCCGACGAGCGCGAUGCUAGAAAGACUCAAAUGCGAAAUGCAAUCGAAAGAAACACAGUUCAACAACGAAAGGAGGAAAUGGUCCGAGGAGAAGGACAAAGUGCUGAGAUACCAGAAGCAGUUACAAAUGAACUACGUGCAAAUGUUCAAGAGGUCGCGCACUUUGGAAGCCGAAGUGGACGGACUGAGACUCGAACUGGAACUAUGCAAUAAGAACAUGAAAAAUAUAAACCAACACGGGAAGACCAUAGAGUUGUAA